UUUUGUUUUUUUUUCCCUCUUUUUUAUUUUAUUUUACGUCAUUUUUUUUUUUUUUUUAACCUGAACGUUUGUUCAUAAUAUUUUAAAUUUUUACAUGACCAAAAAGAAAAAAAAAAAAAAAAAAUUGAAAAUUUGAAAAAAGUGAGCUGAGGGAAUUAUAUUUCCGCGAAACUGUACAUAAGUAGUAUAGUGUUCCAUGUGACCCCCUUUUUUAAAGUAAAUAUAAAGGAAUAUAUAGAAAAACCUUUGUGAAAAACUUCCUAUCGCAAAAAUGUCGCUCAAAUUGCAGAAGAGAUUAGCAGCGUCCGUGCUGAAGUGUGGAAAGAAUAAAAUAUGGAUGGACCCAAAUGAAAUUAGCGAAAUUUCGCUAGCCAAUUCGAGAUUCAGCAUAAGGAAGCUGUACAAGGAGGGCCUCAUCUUAAAGAAGCCACAGAAGGUCCACAGCAGAGCAAGGGUCAGACUGUACAAGUUGGCCAAAAGGAAGGGAAGACAUAUGGGCAUAGGUAAAAGAAGAGGUACCAAAAACGCCAGAACGAAUCAGAAAACCUUGUGGAUUAAACGACAACGUGUGUUGAGGAGACUGCUAAAGAGAUUGAGGGAUGCAAAGAAAAUAGAUAGACAUUUGUACCACUCCUUUUAUUUAAAGUGCAAAGGUAACCAAUUUAAAAAUAAGAGGACAUUAAUUGAAGCCAUACAGAGAGAAAAGACGGAGACCUUGAAGAAGAAAUCAAUAGCCGAUCAGCUCGAGGCCAAGCGAUUGAAGGCACAGUUGUUACGAAACAAGAGAAAGUUAAAGAAGGACAAGGAGGCUUUAUCGUAAACGGUGUGUGCAGCAUUUCGUGCAAUGCGCAUGU